AUGGCCUUCUGGAAGGAUUGGCAAUUAUGGGAGAAGCUCAGCGUGGUUCUGGCAAUGCUGAUUGCCCUAGUACUGGUUUAUGCCCUGGGCGUGUUAGCCUACAACCGGUGGAUCAUCCGCAAGUAUGCUGCAGCAGAGGCACAAGCAAGAGAAGAAGAGGCCGAGCAGUAUCCAAUGCUGCAUAGGGAUGAGAUCCCCUUCGGUGCUCGGGCAUUGGAGAGUGGAAUCGCAAUCGAAGGAAUCUGGGUGUCGAAUUUCAACACACCUGCCCACAGUCCUUGCCAGCCCGCAACCCCGGUGGGAAGCCGGCCGGCCAGUCCAGCCUUCAGACUACCAUCCAAAGUAUUUGAGGCCCCCAAGUCCUCAUUGGGAGUUGAGUGUAGUCUGAUAAGCCCGACACCCGUAGCUCCGGCUGCCCGACGCGGAGUCCUCUCACAGCUAGACUUCACCUCUGCUGGUUUUGUCUACGAGCACAAACAACAUCACAUGUCAAGCCGCGCGAGCUUGCCAAUCAACCCGAGUGCCCUCAGCAUGACGCCUGCACAGGAAGAGAGAAUGGUCAGCGGACAAGAAGUAACGCGCAGUCAGAGGCGUGCUAGUUUCCAUACUCGGCUCUUUAGCUCAAGUCGCCAUUCCGAGACCAAAGAUAAAAACACCGGCUCUGAUGGCAUAAGUGAAAUGGAUUAUGCUCCGAAAGAAAAGAAGCGCACUUCUCGGUUGACAAAUUCUCUCGAAGAAAAUCCUCGCCGGCGAUCAUCGGAAGAGUUCCGACGCAAGAUGAGUCAGAUCUUUAAUGAAAAUAUCCAAAUGGGCGCACCGACGGACCAACUCGAGUUCAACCCUGCCUUGCGAGAGUACCAGAAGCGGAAUUUUCGAAAGUCACUGCUUCGUCCUUUCCGUCCGUGGAUGAACUCCUCCCCUGAGAAUGAAGCGCAAUGA